AUGGAACUCCAACUGUCCACCAUCGUUUUCCUCUUCCUCUCAACAACAGUUCUACUUGCUGCAACCACCACCGGCCAACAAACAUCCGACGAUAUUGACACCGAGUUCAUCCGUCAAAGCUGCGAGUCAACUCGGUACCCAGACACCUGCUUCGCCUCUCUCUCCAACUACUCCAGCGCCGUUCAACAUGACUCCGGCCGCCUCGCUAGGAUCGCUAUUCAUGUCUCUCUCUCCAACGCCACCCACAUGGCCAAUUACGUCUCCAACAUAUCCCGCGACGCAGCAGACAAAAACAACAACAUCACCAGGGAAUCCGCCGCAAUCAGCGACUGUUCAUCGCUGUUUGAAGACGCUGUAGACGAAAUCAAGAAGUCGAGAACGGAAAUGAAGCGUCUGGGUCUGACCGGAGAAUCGGUGAAGUUCCAGCUCAGCAACGUGCAGACAUGGAUGAGCGCCGCCUUGACCAACGAAGACACGUGUACCGACGGGUUUCAGAAGGUGGACGACGGCAACAUGAAGGCGGACGUUUGUGAUCGUGUGGCGGCUGUUAAGAGGGUGACGAGUAACGCUUUGGCGUUGGUUAACAGUUAUGCCCGAUAA